UUAAUAAUAGUUUUAUAUAAUUCAUAAUUAUAUUUUAUUAUAUAUAAUAUUUUUUUCUAAAAUGUAGGUCUUUUAAUUUAAAAAUAAAGUGAAUUACCACAGUUACCACAUGAAGCACACUUAGUUUGGCAGAAGUUUUUUUAAGUGUGCACUUUAAUUAACAGUGUUACUGUACAUAUUUCUCAUGCAUGUACAAAAACUGCAUAGUUUAUAUCACUGAGGCUAUACUAGUCAUCAUGUUGUCUGGUGGAAAUGGCUGAGAUGUCCUUUGGUUACAUCAACAUGAAGAUGAAGAGCUGUUUAUGUGAGAUAAUUGCAGUCCCUCAUUUUCCUGGAUAACUACAUAAAUAUUUCCUGUCUUAUCUUACACAGACAUGUACCAAAAAAUCCGGACAGGACGGGUUUCAACGAAAUUCGACAUUUUAACGUUCAUACACUCGUUAGCAAAACAUAGGCUAUCAAAACAUUACUCCGUGGAACGUAGUUUCUAGUUAUUGAACAGUGAUGAAAAGUGAAUAUCUUCGGAGCAGAUGACAGGGAUCCUUCACUUCCUGAUGGCGAACAGUGAUCACAUAUGGUGAGUUUUGCAGAAAUCUGUAGUUUUUGUUCUUAAAAGCAGUCGCAGGAGUUAGAGUUUUCACUACGCCUGAGUGGAAGACACGUAACGGGAAGUUUUGAGUCCAGUUUCAGGUUUUUACGGGAAGAGGAUGCAGAUGUUCUGAGGAUCCGCAGCGGUUCCUCGAGUCCAGAACCGGAGAACAAAGAGGUACAUUCCCUCCUUUUCCAAACGAGUCCGUGUUCGUAUUCAGUGAAGCUGUCUGCACUGGACGUAGCGUGAAAAUCUGUAAACUUUACAGUGUACAAAGCAACUGGAGUGUUUGCAGUGUAGAAAUGGCUCAAGAUGUCUUAUGAGACUGAGAAAACUUGCCUGCUGGCUCCACAGGAAUCACGGACACCAUGUGGUUGCCACAAAUGUGAAAUCCCAGGAAUGGGCGAGGACAGUGUUUUAGAAAUGCUGAGCUACUCCAAAUUCUCUGAUCUGGAGACGUGGCUGUGCAUGCCCUCUACUAUGUUACCCAGGAGCCGGGAUUCAGUUUGCUCCUUGCCGCCACUGUCCCAUGAGAAUGGCACUGGAGACACAGACAAAGAGUCCAGGCCCCUGGAGAACGAGUCUAUCCAUCUGAGCCAGUGCCAGGAGAGGAAAACCCUUCAAUUGCCACCCUCCCCGCUCCUGCCAGUUUCAGCUUCCCCUCAGUCCUCAUCGCCCCUGCAGACCACCUCAACUCCUCUGCCCAAACCCACCAGAGACUCCUGUCAAGGUGGCGUGAGUGUGAGGAAACGCCGGCGCCUGGCAGCCAGCCCCGGAGGACUGCACUGGGACGCAUCAGGGUCGGUGCUGCGUGACCAUGACCGAGGGGAGACGUCGUCACUGUCGGAAGUGAAGCGCUUCCCUCGGAGUGUGGAUUCGGAGAGUCGUGUCCCAGAACCUUGGAGGGAUAGAGUGCCACUUAGGAAGACCAUAUCCGUCGAUGACCGCCUUCUCCAGCAAACGCCUAGAGAACAUCACAGACUCCUCAGCCGAAUAGAGAGGGGCAAGAAGAAACUCAGGAACAUUAAUAGUCUUGGAGCCACUGGCAGAUACGAAACCCAUAAAAAAUCUGAGAGUAGGAUCUCCCGACUGGCUCAGAGACUCAACCAGAGGCAGAGCGAUGCUGCGCUGAUUAAGGAUUUCAGACCCCUCUUCCUUCUCACUGGCUCUCCGGGAAGCUCUCAGAGCUUGGACAGGAACUUCUCCAUUAGUAUGACCCAACAGAUGCAGAACCUGCAGCUGACGCAGAGUAAGAAGGGGGCGGGACCCGCCUCCCCCAGCGCUGCCAAGCGCCUCUACCGAAACCUCUCUGAGAAGCUCAAGGGGAGCCACUCCUCCUUUGAGGAUGCCUACUUUUUUGGCCGAUCCGACCGUAUCCGCAAAGUAUCUAACAUUCAAAGCAGUGAGGCUCUGUUCGAGGCUGUUGAACAGCAGGACCUGGAUGCCGUGCAGAUCCUGCUGUUCCAGUAUACAGCUGAUGAACUGGACCUCAACACUCCCAACAGUGAAGGCCUGACGCCUCUGGACAUCUCCAUCAUGACCAACAACGUCCCCAUAGCCAAACUGCUGCUCAAAGCAGGAGGGAAGGAGAGCCCUCACUUUGUCAGUUUAGAGAGCAGAGAUGCCCAUCUCUCAGCACUGGUGCAGGAAGCCCAAAGGAGAGCCAGCGAGCUGUCCACCCAGGUGAUGAGAGAGAGUCUCAGCCUGGAAACAUCUGACAAGGAAAAACAGCUCAAAGCUUGGGAGUGGAGAUGCAAACUCUACAAGCGAAUGCGCACAGGAUUCGAGCAUGCACGUCCACCGGAAGCUCCGUUGAUGGUGCGGCUGAGUGUGACCGGCAGCACGUCUCUCACUAUUAGCUUUCAGGAACCUGCCAGCAUGAACUCGGCCGUAGUGACCAAAUACAAAGUGGAAUGGAGCUGUUUGAAGGACCUCUCUUUAUUAGCCGGAGAGAUGAUCCUCGAGAAUCUGCAGUCCCUGAAAUGCACAAUAACAGGUCUUACCACGGGUAGACAAUACUACGUUCAAGUCUCCGCCUACAAUAUGAAAGGCUGGGGUCCGGCACAACUCUCUCAACCUCCCUCUGCUGUUCCCUCCAACUGGAAGGACUGCGAUGGGAGAGAGAGCAGGAGGAGAGGUCACAUCGAGGCUAUGGAGAGGCUUUUACAGCAGGUUCGAGCCACACACCAGCACUACUGCUGUGGAGACACAAAGUCGCAGAAUCCGAGUCGAAAACAGUCAGUGUCCCGGAGCCUGAAACACCUUUUUCAUUCCUCUACAAAAUUUGUCAAGAGUCUCAAAAGGGGAGUUUAUAUAGCAUCAGUAUUUUACCAUAAGGACAGUCUGCUAGUGACUAAUGAGGAUCAGGUCCCCAUAGUGGAGGUGGACGACUCAUACAGCAGCUCCCUCAUGCAGGACUUUCUGUGGUUCACCAAGCUGUCCUGUAUGUGGGAAGACGUCCGGUGGCUGAGACAGAGCCUGGCAGUCUCCACCUCUUCCUCUUCCACUCUGCAGUCCAGACAGAAGAUGCUGGCGGCCGCGGGCCAACUGCAGAAUCUUCUGGGUACUCACAAUUUGGGCCGAGUCCACUAUGAGCCCAUUAAGGAUCGUCAUGGGAAUGUGCUGCUUGUGACAGUGAGGGAGAUGGAUAGCCUUUAUUCCUUUUUCAAUGGGAAAUGGAUGCAGGUAUCCAAACUGCAGAGUCAGAGGAAGUCUCUGUCCACUCCUGAGGAACCAUAUGCCCUGGACAUCCUUCUCAUAACCAUACAGGACAUUCUGGCCUAUCAGAGACGAAGUCAGCACCGGCUGUCCUCAGGGCUUUAUCUGGGUUACCUGAAGCUCAGCAGCUCUGUGGAUCAGAUUAAAGUUCUGGUUCCUCAACGUAUGCCUAACAUGCUCUGCCACAGCAAGAUUCGAGACAACUGGAAUGUGUCAAGGGAUGAGUGGGAAUGGCUGCAGUCACUGUCUGGCCCUGUGGAGGUGGAAACAGCUGAUCAGGCUACAGACUGCCUCCUCUUCUCUGAGCUCCAGACGGCCAUUAAGGGUCUGCUGCACCAGAUCAAUCUACCUCUCCACCAGGGCAAGCACUUCCGUCUCUACACACACGAGGUGCUGGAGCUGGGUCACAAUGUGUCCUUUCUUCUGCUGCUGCCCGCCUCAGACGACGUUUGCUCUGCCCCGGGACAGACCAACCCCUACACACCACACUCGGGGUUCCUCAACCUCCCUCUUCAAAUGUUUGAGCUCGUUCACUUCUGCUCAUAUAAGGAGAAAUUUAUCAGCCUUUACUGCCGGCUGUCCUCAGUGCUGGACCUGGACGCUCUAAUUACCCAGCAGGCGUUUAGAGAGGCCAUCACUGACUCAGAGGUGUCCACAGCCAAACAGAGACACCAGCACAUAUUGGACUACAUUCAGCAAUUGGACGAGAUGUGGCGAGACGUCCGCUGGAUCACCAAUGCCCUGCAGUACGCCCGCUAUAAACAGCCUCUCGGUUGGGUGCCUAUCACCUGGCUAGUAGAUGUCAGCGUGGAGCCUCCUGUCCAGAAGAAUGACUCCACGUCCUCUAACACAGACUACGUGCCCACUCCCUCGCCCUCUCCAGAAAUGAGGAGACGAAAGCCCACAAUCGAGUCCCAACCAGGUUCAGAUGAAGAGGGCUGUUCGGAGGUCUUUCUCCCCACAGACAGUGACUACGACUCCAGUGACGCUCUGAGCCCUCGUGACCUGGACUUAGUUUACUCCUCAGCCCAAGAUCUCUCCCAUCAGGCCGUGCACGUCCUCAGCGGUAGCGCUCCUGAUGUGCUUCAGAUGCAUGAUCUCAAAUACAGCGCUUGCUCCAAGUCCAUCCUGGAAACCGAAUCGUGCACCAAGGACAUGGAGGACCUAUCACUGUCCUCUUACUCUGUGGAGAACACAGACAAGCCGUCCCGCUGCAAGUUCCUGGCUGAUCCACCAACGAAACGUAAGCUGCUGUCCAAAAGCCAUCCCCAGAGGAGUUACUUUGGCGGGCCGCACCGCUGGCUGCGUAUACAGAGCGAGAGUCACACUCCCUCGCUAUCCGAAGGCAUCUACACCAGACAGAGCGAUAUCGACCUGCCGCUGGAGACGCCACUCUCCCUACCGCACUCGCCCACUACCUCCUACAGUUUGGAUGAGUACAGACCGCCCUACAGGGAGUCUAAGCCCAACGUUCGCAGGAUCUUUGUGGAGUCGUGCAGCAAGACAUCACCCUGCAGAGAUGCCCCACAUUGGGAGGAGGAGGAGACGGAAUCGAGAGGAGCUACAGCUAGAGAUGCUGGAUCGGGAUACGGCACUACAGCAGAAGCUCAGGACGUGGAUUCGGACGAGCAAACGAAUGAACAAGUGUCGGAGAUCCUCAGCAGCACUCUUUAGGAUGAUGUAAACGUUCCAUCAUGUAGACAUGUGGUUUUAUCACCACUUAAAUUGCCUAAGCUCCAGAACUCCUCUUUCCUCUCCAACCGCACACUUUACAGCUCACAGUUGUAAUGAGUGAACACUUAGCCUAAUCAAUUCUUGCAUCCUCACUGCAGAGGAUGAAGUUGCUGGUCAACUCUGCGGGACUCAUAAAUCAUGGCUCUGACUGUUACAAUGUUAAAUAUCAAUGCAACGUGAAACAAAGCACUGCUUUUCCUCAGAACUUGAAAUUGCCUCAGCCAAUAGAGCCCAACAGUGAGUGCCCACUUUUUCAGCUGCCUUUGUUCUGAAUGUAUUUUUCCCAUUUAUUAUCACCAUAGGGGUUUCAAAAAACGUCUUCAGACUGAAAGACUUUGAAGUCAUGAACAAAAACCAGCACUAUAUUAUAUUUUGGAUUAAAAGUUACAAGCGUAUUUAAACUCUAUCUUUAAAAUCUCUAUCUAUCUAUCUAUCUAUCUAUCUAUCUAUCUAUCUAUCUAUCUAUCUAUCUAUCUAUCUAUCUAUCUAUCUAUCUAUCUACACACACAAACUUUUACAUUGUUUAUAUAUACAUAUAUAUAUAUAUAUAUAUAUAUGUAACAUUUAUACAAUAUAUAAAAAAUUUUAUGUAAAUUUUAAAAACAAUGUUACAAGUUUAUCUAUCUAUCUAUCUACAUACACACACAAGCUUGUAACAUUGUUUAUAUAUAUAUAUAUACUGUGUAUAUAUACGUGUAUAUACAAAAUACAAUAUAUAUAAAAAUGAAUGUAAAUUUUAAAAACAAUGUUACAAAUUUAUCUUUAUAUCUAUCUAUCUAUCUAUCUGUCUGUCUGUCUGUCUGUCUGUCUGUCUGUCUGUCUGUCUGUCUGUCUGUCUGUCUGUCUGUCUGUCUGUCCGUCCGUCCGUCUACCUACCUACCUACACACAAACUUGUAACAUUGUUUUUUUUUUAAUAUAUAUGAACAUAUCUAAAUUAAUUGAUAUAACCUCUGGUUAGUCUGAUUUGAAAGGUUUAACAGUUAUUUGUAAAAAUCAAGUUCUCUGUGGAGAAAAUAAAUGGGAUUUUUACUUCCGGAAACAUGUUGUUUGGCUCUGUUGUGGUGUUUUUAGGUGAAGAGUGGAUUUAGGUGAUUUGAGGGUCGGUUAAAAUUCAGUUUAUGUGUUUACUUGCUAUGAAAGAUCGAUGUAUCUGCUAAUUUCACUGCCCAUUUAGUAUUGUUUGCGCUUACAAUUGAUGUAUGAAGUGGCAUCAUCCACUUCACACUACAUCUGUUUCUAAUAGAUUGCAUUUCAGUGUUCAGAAACACUGGAUGAAUGAAAAAUGGUCCCAUCACUACAGACUCUGUUACCAAACAUGAGCCCUUUUCAAAUUAAAAAGCUGGUAAGUAGUUCUAAGGGAAGAGUGCGUGACAUUUGUUCCACAGAAUGCGUUUCAUUGAAAAAUACCUUGAGUUGUGCAAUGUUUACCAUAUGAUGGUGGUUUGUGGCGUGUGAUUGUUCACAUUUGAAGAUUUGUUGUAAUUUGUUUGUUUCUGUUCCUAUUUAUGCUGGGUAACCCACUGUUAUGAAAGGAAAUGAAAACCACUUAUGUUUUACAGGUUGAAAGAAUGAUAAAACUGCACUUUUAAUAUAUACAGUAUAUUUGCAUCCCACAACUUGUACUGUAAUAAGAGUUUGACUGCUGGAUUGUUUUGAAUUGGACAACUUUUGACCUUUUGCAGAGGAAGGAACCUUAUUUGCUUGCACCGCAAAUUUGUGCCACUUAUAUAAACACACAAUUCAAUGAUUUGGAAGUGGAUUAUUCUUCUUGCAUAAUUACUAGCAUCACAGCACUCAUUUUGUCAAUAAAGCCAUAGAUAUUUGAAAUGAAAUGCAAGUUAUGGUCUAAGGACAUAACCAAAAAGGUAAUUUGUUUAGUAAUGCAUCAUUAAUUCUGUAAAACUAUACCACAUUCAUUUUGCAAUGAUUAUUACCUAACAGAUUCAUUGUGAAUAUAGUAUAUAUUUAUUCACAUAAUCCAUAUGUGUGCCCUAUAAUUAAGUGAAAUAUUUUUCCCGAAUGAAAAGGGCAGCUUUUGCAAGCAACAUUGUGAAUGUGUCUGUUGCAAUGUUUCAACAAUUUAUUGAUGUUUGUAGUGUUUUUUUACAAAAAAAAAAAAAAGAAAGAAAAAUGGUAUUUGCACAAAAUGUUUAUUGAUUUCCGCAACUGGAGUUUCUCCUGUGAAGGACUGUAUUAAAAAAAAAAAAAAAAAAAGAUUUCAUCUUCCGGUUAAUGUACAGUGAUGUCAGCUGGUGCUCCAGAUCCUGUGGGUAAAUGCACUAUUCUGACACACCGGUGUGUUCAGUAUGCAUUCAACACAAGCCCACAGACAUGAGGCAUUAUUUAUCAUAUUCCACCUUACCUAUAUUCCAGUUAAAUCAUUGAACUCUUUGCAACUGGCAUUCCAGUUAGGGUAUUAUUGUUAAAUUAUAUGGUAUAUUUGUCUUGAUACCUUUAUACUGUGCACAAUGCAAGCCAAAACAAUUAAAAAGCAUCAUAUCUGUAUAUUUUUGCAUUAUGCAUUUAUUGAUCCAAAUAAUAUAUUUCAGUAUUGUAUUUUUGAUGGUUGGUCCCAUGUCAUAGAAGUUUCUGAUGUAAUUUGUUUGCUUUUUGUGAUGCAUCUUGAGUAUGACGUUGUGACACAUGUAUUUAAGUCAUAAAAAAAUAAACAUU